UUGGUCGUUUAUUUGGUGCUGAGACGCAAGCGCUGUCAGUCAGUCGAGUCGAGCUCUACUCCGGUAGUCUGUUUGUUUUACAGAGGCGCUUUCUCUUACAGUGAAUGGAAUCGCCACAAAAAUGCGUUGCUAAUGAAUGUGUUUCUGCAAUAUGAAGAAUGGAAGAAGACGAUGUGACGAUUAGAGAGCAGAAUUUCCACAGCCAAGUGCGCGAGUACAUUGUCUGCUUCCUCUUGUUUGCAGUGCUGUACAUUGUGUCGUACUGCAUCAUCUCACGCUACAAGAGAAAAAGCGAUGAUCAGGAAGAUGAGGAUGCCAUUGUCAACAGAAUAUCGAUGUACCUGUGUACAUUCACACUGGCAGUGUCUGGAGGAGCUGUCCUUCUCUUACCAUUUUCUAUAAUCAGUUAUGAGAUUGUGCUCUCCCUACCAAAAAACUACUACAUACAAUGGCUCAAUGGAUCACUCAUUCAUGGCCUGUGGAACCUGGUGUCCCUUUUCUCAAAUCUCUGUCUCUUUGUGCUGAUGCCUUUUGCCUACUUCUUCCUGGAGUCUGAGGGCUUCGCCGGUUCGAAAAAGGGCAUAAAGGCUCGAGUGCUGGAGACAUUUGUCAUGCUCUUUCUGCUGGGUCUCCUCAUCCUGGGCAUUGUAUGGGUGGCGUCCGCUCUCAUUGACAAUGAUGCCGCCAGCAUGGAAUCGCUCUACGAUUUAUGGGAGUUUUAUCUGCCAUACCUCUAUUCCUGCAUCUCUCUGAUGGGAGGCCUGUUGCUGCUUAUGUGUACUCCAGUAGGACUGUCACGCAUGUUCACAGUGAUGGGCCAGUUACUAGUUAAACCAACAAUUUUAGAGGAUCUUGAUGAGCAGAUUUAUUGUAUACAGCUGCAGGAAGAGGCCUUGGAGCGUAGACUCAAUGGUACGAUGUCAAACUCUUAUUUCCGUGGAAACUCUCAGCACCAUCUCUACAAAGAGCUGGACAACAUUCGCAAUCAGAGGAACAAACUCGAAAGGAGAAAGAAGGCCUCAGCCUGGGAAAAGAACCUCCUUUACCCCAUAGUGAUGCUGAUCCUGCUUGCUGGAACGGCGAUUUCUGUUCUCCUGGUUGCCCUGAACAUUGUGUACUUGCUUGUUGAUGAGACAGCUUUGCCAAAGGGUUCAACGGAAAGAGAUAUUGGCAAUGCCUCCUUAUCCACAUUUGGAGUUGCCCAGGCGGUUAUUGAAAUCAUUCUCAUGUUUUAUCUGUUGGUCUCAUCUGUGGUUGGCUUCUAUAGCCUUCGCAUCUUUCAGGAGCUUACUCCCAGAAAGGACGACACUACCAUGACAACGAUCAUUGGUUGCUGUGUAUCCAUUCUAGUGCUGAGCUCGGCCUUGCCUGUCAUGUCCCGAACACUUGGAAUAACAAGGUUUGAUCUCCUGGGUGAUUUUGGACGAUUUAAUUGGCUUGGAAAUUUUUACAUCGUACUUUCGUACAAUCUUCUGUUUGCCGUGGUAACCACAUUGUGUCUGGUCCGAAAAUUCACAUCUGCUGUGCGAGAGGAACUCCUCAAAGCCCUCGGUCUGGAUAAAUUAAAUCUGUCCAACAGUCCGACAGAUGCAGAGUCAGGGAAACAUGCUGUCAACGGUCAUCAGAAAACUCUGUGAGAACAAAAUCCAGUCAUCCUCACACAAACUCAUGUAUGUGUAUUCAGUUGACUUUUUCAUUUUAAGAGUAUAGUGAUAUAACAUCAGAGAACAUCAAAAAAACACACAAAAAAAAUGUUGAAGAGUUUGGACUCAUAGUCACCCGACAUGCAGUGUAUGUCCAUCUCUCAUUUGAAACUCAAACUCCCUGCAGAAUGCUUCCAGCUAUAACCAGUCUGAGAUUCACAAUGAUUUCAAUUGGGUUUGCAGUCUUUGUUGUUCAGCUUGUAAAUGCUUUCAUGCCAAUUCUCUUAAGUGAGAAAAUGUUCUUUUCUUGCUGACCUGCACACCUAAAAGACCUCCUGACUGCACCUUUCAAUGAGGGAUUAUUAUUAUUAUUAUUAUUUUUAUCAUCUAUAAUUUUUCCCUAGUUUGAUCAAGGGAAAUAUGCCAAGCUGAUAAUGUCACGUGUAAUGAAAUUUAGUCUCAGUUAGGGCAAUUAUUGUUUAACAACAUUUUCUAAAGUUAAAUGGAACUUUUAGAUGAAACAGGUUGAGGCCCAUAAAAACAAUUCCCCUAAAAACAACACACAAAUGACAUAUAAACAUAUACAGUGAUAUUGUCAAGAGACCUUUAUUACCUUUAUGUGAUAUGAGUACUAAUAUAAGAAACUAUAUUCGAUUAAGAAUUGCAGAAUGGUCAAAUUUAACACUGGGAAAGAAAGCAUUGCAGUGAGUCUAGCUGAACAUUUAAACUCAAGUUAAGUUACAGAUGUUUUAAUGCCAAAUUAACUGGUUCUUAGGCAAAUGGGGCAAAAUGUGAUGGCCAAUCACGAUGAUGAAUACUCUAAAAGUUUCAUUGUCAGCAUUGGUCCAUAGCUGUCAAAUAUAUUGCUUGAAUUUUGAUGUGUAAAGUAAGUUUUGUGAUCUGAAAACUUGUUAUUCUUUGUCUGCCAUUGCAUAUGUUUACAUUCACUUUGUUGUAUUUAUAAGGUUAUCUAUUAUAAAUGAGGAAGCAUUAUGAUUUUAAUUUCCUCAUGCUUUACUGUGACAGUUCAGGUUUGUUGGAUGUGACAGAAUUUUGGGUUCGAGCCACUACCAACAACCAGCUUAACAUGUUAUUGUGUUUACUUGAAUUGGUUGCGUUUAGGAAUGUUGCGACCAGCCGGUCAAUCUUGCUAAUAUCACCUCAAUGAUUUAACACAUUUAAUGGAUUGAAUCGUCGUCUUGAAUAAGGAAGGUGAUCACAUUUAAAUGACAGCAAAGAAAUGCAGCUUUUUUUGUCUUAGUAGUAAAAUGCACCAAAUAUUUGGGAGAAGGUGAGGCACAAUCUUGGGAUAUGCUUCCUGUUCCUCUACUUAAAUCUGCUGCUACUUCCUCCACAACAUUUGAUACUAUACUAUGCUACAUGUACUACGCAAACUGAGAGCAUAUAGCCAAUAACAUACAUCCUUUGAACUUGGUUAUUGCUGCAGAGCUUGUGGGGAUCUAUAUAUUUGCCUUAUUUCAGCAUCACUAGCAAAACAGCCUUCCUCUGCAGCUGCUUUGCUUUUUGCAAAUGGCAGAUUAUCCGUGAACAUAGAUAUUUGUAAGCUUUUUCACUCGCUCUCAUGCUGGAUUUUAAGCCAGCUCAGCCUGUUCAGUCUAAUGAAAUACCGGUCUACACAGAUCAGAGGCUAAACUCGUACAUUAUGUAGGAUCUUGUAUAUAAAGGCUGUGAAAACAGGACUGCAGAGUCACAUCAGUCUGAUUCACACCUAUUAAAGCUUAUUGUGCGGUGAAAUGAAUGUGAAGUCCGAGCGGAGUCAGUUGUCAUUAUGCAUGUAAGAAAGCAGCACGACUCAUUGAAGGGUCUCCUUUGUAGCUAU